CAUUUUUUGAACCAAAAUAAAAACACGUGUGGACACUGUGGACUCACAUGCAGCCUUAUCACUGCGUGCCGAAUUUGAUUUUAAUACAUAUUUAAAAUUUAAACCAGCUAUAAGAGCCACGCCAAUAAUUAUCGAGGUUUGAGAUGACUCGAGACCCGGCAUUAGACGCAUUUUCGCGUCUUUCAAAUUCCAACUCAAAAGUGCGCUUGGCAGCAGCACAAACUUUGCUUCAGUACUUCUGGCGCUUGAGACAAUCUGAGAAUGAGGAAGAAGUCACCAAAAUUGGCCAGAGAAUCAUCCGAGGCUUGGCCUGCAACAAAGAUUCAGCCAGGAGGGGCUACUACCUCACCUUUACUGGAUUCCUGAAAGUGCUUCCAAACUUGCCCUAUUCAACCGUGACAUCCCUGGCCGAAAAAGAGCUGAAAGUGUCUUCAGCCAACACCAAGGGAGAAGAGGGCGACCUUUGGAUGGGAAGAGUUCUCUUCCACGGAGCACUGAUUCGCUCUGGCCUCUACCAAAAUCUGUCCCAGGAGGAGAAGAGUGAGGUUGUCCAUGGUUUGGUGGACGCUUCAACAAAGAGAAGUUACCUGCCUUCCGUGGUAGCUCCCUUCUUGGUUCAAUUGAUGGAUGGGUCUUCCAAUGAGCAGUUUAUGACUCUUUUAUGGCCAGCGUUGCAGCCAUCGCUGGCCAAAGAUUGGAGCCAACAAACCCAGACAUCCCUAUUUCUUCUGCUUCAUGUUUACAAGAGGUUCAAGAUCAAGAAAACUGAGUUGAAGAACCUCCUAGGCACUCAGCUCUUGGCCAAGUCCAACUGGCCUCGAGUUGCCCAAAUUGUUCUGGAGGGCCAACACCCCGUCGGUAGCCUUGUGGCCCAGCAUUUACCACCAGACGAAUGUGCCGAAUUCUGGAACGAACCUGUCCUAGAGGUGAUGGCCAAAGCCUCACGCUCUCGGCAAGCAACUGCCCUUGAGCUGUUAGGCGCCCUUUUAAAAACAUCUGACGACACAAAUUUUGUCAAAUUGCUCGGAACUUCAGGCGUGGCCCUGCUGAAGAAAGGUCUUCUGGACAGUGAACUGCGACCUGUGGCUGCAGAAGUGAUGGAGGUCUUGCUGACAAGGGUGAAGGCAUCACCCGACUCUGUCAGGGCAAAAGUCCUCGAGAUGUUGACGGCCGAAGACUUUUCCUUUGACCAAACCACUAAGUGCGGGCUUGUUAGGGCAGUCGCCGGAACCAUGAAGGACGAAGGAUUCGGAAUGGCCAUUGAAAUGUGCAAAAAGGUUGUUAUGGAUGACCACAAGAAAAAUCGUGACAAGUCAGGGGCUCUACAGAUGAUUGCAACCUUGGCCCUGAGCACUAGCGUUCCUGUAGAAACUCGACAGGACGCAACUAUUUUCCUCCUGGAGCAGGCGUUUUUCUCGAGCUCACCGACAAGCAUUCUGAGCCAGGCGGCCAAACAGAACUUCAACCGCUGCCAGAAAGGAGCACCAGAAGGCGUCCUGAGAGCUGCAGUGGCCUAUGUUGAUGGGCAGUUGAAGAAAAAGAAGCAGCCGCUGAAGAUGACCAGCGCUGCAAGUGCGGCUUGGAAAAAAAUGGCACAGCAAGUUGCAGAGCUUAGUGCGGCGGGAGGAAAAGUCGAAGGUGUUUUGGCCCAGCUCAUGGUGCAUGUGGGUCUUCAGCUGCUCACCGAACCUGAGCAGGCGCUGGAAGCACUAGAGGAACUCCAUGAAUGCUGCAAAAGAGUGCUGGGAGGAAAGCAGGACAGGCAUUGGGUGGAAGUGGUGGUGGAACUUCUUCUGUCCCUCCUUGCCCACCCGUCGGCAGCCUUGAGAGCAACGGUUAGGAAGGUUUUUUCCGCCCUGUGCCCAUUGAUGACCCAGGAGGCGCUUGACAGUCUCAUCGAAGCGUGCAGUGCCCAGGACAACCCUCUGGUUUCAAAGGACGAAGUGGAACAAAUGGAGGCAGAGGGAAGUGAGGUCGAAGAAGAAGAGGAUGAGGAGGAUUCUGAAGAAGAGGAAGAAAACGAAGAAAGCCAAGGAGAGGAAGACGAAGAAGAUGAGGAUUUGGAGGAUGAUCCUGACGACGUUGAGGAUUCUGCAGCGGACCGAGUGAGGGCGGCUGUCAGAUCUGCACUGGGAAUGACUGGUGAAGUGUCUGACACGGAAUCAAUUGAUGUUGAUGAUAUUUCUGAGGAAGAAGGAAAGAGACUAGAUGAAGCCCUCAGUCAAGCUUUUGCAGCUGUUCGAAAAGGCCGCACUAAAAAAGAAUCCAAGGUGCAGGAACAGGUCUUGCACUUCCGUCUUCGAGUCCUUGACCUCCUUGAGACCUACAUUUCCGCUGAACACUCUCUCCGCUUCACCCUAGGCCUUGUCAAUCCCCUCUUAGACCUUCUGGUCCGCUGCCUCCGAGACCCUUUGAUGAGGCCUUUGGAAGGACGACUUCGAAACCUACUCACCUCGUUUGGGCAGUUACGGAAAUUUGCAGAAACAGAAGGCGUCACCGAAGAGGAUCUUGCUGCAUGUCUAUCAGCGCUUCUUGAACGAGGCCAAACCUCCCAAGCCUCUUUUCUGGUUGUGGCGUCCGAAGCAGCCGCAGUGGCUGCAUUUCUAGCCCGAGCUGCCCAGUCGACGGAAGGAAGCGGCGUCUUGACCGAAGCCUUCGAGAAAGCCAUGACAGAGUUUUUCUGCAAAAGAGAUUGUGCCCUGCCUGCCACCUUUUUCGAGCCGCUGUUGAAAACGUCAUGGAAUGGGAAUUUGAAGUUUUUCUCACUGCUGACAGAAGCUGCCUUUAAUACCAAGGAAGAAGCAAAGUUCUUUAGACGACCGCAAGCUGUGUCUUUCUUGAGCGAAUUGAUCACAAAUCAGCAGUUGCUUGUCUCGCAUCCUAAAGAGGUGCAAAUCUUGCUUGGGUCUUUGGCAGAAAGGGCUGCAUCUGCCUUGCUGUCCGCAGGUUGCAAACAGAGGUUUGAGCGCCAGCUAUUGACAAUGAUUCAAAAACUGUCGCCAAAGUUAGAUGAAAAGCUGAAAAAACCUCUUGCUAAAGCUAUUGAGGACCACAUUCCGCAAAUAGUUAACUCUGGGAAGGAGACGAAAAAAAUAUUCAGAUUAGCUGCUCGGGCGCUUAAGGUGUCUGUUGAUGAACAAUUGAACCAAGUUGUCACCUCAAACAUUUUUGAAAAUGGAACUGCUGAGAAUGGCAAGUCAAAGGUUUUCAGUGCAAAUCCACCAGGAAAGAAGGACAAGAAGAAGAAGAAGAAAGAAAAGAAACAAGCAAAAAAGCGAGCCAAGAAUCAGGAGAGUGCUGCCAAAAAAGCAGCAAAAAAGAUGAGGCUUGAAACUGCAUCCGAAGGCCUUCAGGCUGUUAGUUUUGCAAGUGUUAACAUGAGGAAGUUUGAUGAUUAAAAUAAAACUGCCCUUUUUUAAAUUAAUUUUCAAAAGUGCAAAAUUUACAUUUUAUUUCAAAAACUUUUAUUAUUAUAUAGAAAAUUUUAACAUUUGUUUUUUUUAAUUAAACACUAAAAACUAGGAAUAACUUUUAAUGUCCAUCAGUUCUUUACAAAUUCCAAAAGAUCCAAACUUAAUAAAAAAAGGAAACUGCCUCUAAUUCC